ACAGCUUCGCCGCUCGUAUGCUGCACAAUAUGGCAGACCAAUCCCAACUACAAAAAGACUCCAAAAUCGUCAUCAUAGGAGCGGGCGUCUUCGGCCUCAGCACUACUCUUCACCUUCUCAAGCGAGGCUACACAAACAUCCACAUAUUCGAUCGACAACCUUUCGACAAGAACCAGUAUGAUGAAAGACAAGGCGCACAUGGUGCGUCAUGCGAUCUUAACAAAAUCGUUCGAGCAUCAUAUGGAGGUGCAAAGCUGUACCAGGACCUUGCAUUUAAGGCGAUGCCAGAAUGGGAGAGGUGGAACGAGCAGCUUGCCGCUACGCCGAAGAAUGAACUACCCUCAAGUAUUGACCCGAGUAUACCACUUUGGCAUAAUUGCGGGUUUCUGCGAUUGAGUUCUGAUGGAUUUUGCGAGAAGGAGAAGCAAACUCAGGAGCUCUUUCCCUCGGAGAUUAGGCAUACGCAAUAUCGCGUCUCUGAUGCAGAGAGGAGAGCUCGGGCGGCGGAAGAGGGCAUCCCAUUUUCGAAACUGGACCCUUUCGGUCGCAUCGAACGAGGCCAACCAGUCGAUGGCAUCCUCGAUACGACAGCAGGGUUUGUUCUCGCUUCUCGUGCCUGCGCUUGGGCAUUGCAUCUUGUGCUACAAUCAGGCAAAGUAACGACACACUUCGGGGCCGAUAAUGCCCUGCAGUCUUUCAUGAAAACCGGAAAUCGUAUUUCUGGUAUCGUGACCUCAGGCUUCGAGCGGCAUAGUGCGGAUUUUGUAGUUGUUGCCACAGGCGGCUGGACACCAUCUCUACUCCCCGAAGUCGACCGUUUACUUGAGACCACAUCUGGAAGUGUACUGAGCAUUCAGUUACCCGAGAACAGGCCUGAUCUCUGGGACAAAUACUCAGAGGACAAAUUCCCAGUCUGGUCCUGGAAUAUGGAGUCUUAUGAUCCUAGCGACAAAGCGAGCAUUGGUGGCUUGUACGGUUUACCUCGGACUCCAAAAGGUAUCGUCAAGAUCGCAUUUCGAGGUGCGAAGUGGACAUCCUAUACAAGACGUUCAAGCGUGGGCGAACAAUUAUCCUACCCAAAAAUUGAUGCUGAUCGCAUACCUGAAGAAGCAAUGCGAGUGAUUCGGGAGUUUGCGAGAGAAAAUCUACCGGAUCUGUUGGAGUUGGAUUUGAGUAACAUUCGACUUUGCUGGUACACUGAUAGUGUUGAUAAUAGCUUUUUGAUUGACCAUGUUCCGAAUGUUGAAGGUUUGGUGGUGGCUUCUGGUGGGAGCGGACAUGGGUUUAAGUUCUUGCCUGUGUUGGGUGAGCAUAUUGUGGACGUUAUUGAGAAGCGGGACACGGAGUAUACGGAGCUCUUCAAGUGGCGUGAUGUGCCCAAUGGGAAACGGAAUGGGUUGGAAGAAGGCCCGGAAGGAUGGAGGCCUUUGGACAAGCAGAGAAUGGUUGGAAAUAAGGAGUGGCGGAAUGGUCUUGGUGUUGACGGGAGGAGCAGACUGUGAGCCUGCAGCGAGAACCUGCCGCAACCAGCUCGGCUCUCGGGUGUGGCGGAUUCCCAACGUGGUCUCCGCAUUUCCGAUUGCUGGACCUGUUUCCUGCCUUCCACUUCCACUCCACAGACCACAGACUGAUUUCAACCGCAACAUGUACGCCGUAUGGAAUUCGGCCGAAGAGUAUGGCGCCGGAGCAACAUCGCCCUCGACGGCCGACACACCGGCGGCGAAGAGACGUCGUGUGUCGGAAAACCUAAAUGGUCGCCGGACUGCUAAGGCAACGCGUG